GUUGAUUGGAAAGUUACCGACGUUAUAAAUAAAUGUGGAAAUGUAAAAUUUUAUUGCAGAUUUUUAAUUAUAAUAAAAAUUAAAUUAGUUUUGUUCCACUCACUAUGAUUUAUGCUGUUGUGCUUACUAUUUUAAUGUCUUCGUCCAUAAUAGAUGGAAAGAAAUGCGAUAUAGUAUGCCCUGAUGAUGGAGAAAUGAUUUGCACAUUCGAUAUUCAUAAUAAGAUAUACAAGAUGUUUCCAAAUGAUUGCGCGAUGGCUGGAUAUGCGCAGUGUCAUCAAGUGGAUUUCGUUAGGACACCGAUGAAAUUUUGUAUAAAGGAACACUUUGUGAGCGCUAGGCGAGUGUAUGGCGAAUCAUGUCCAGUGUUCUGUCCAAGCCACUACAGUCCAGUAUGCGGAGCUUCGAAGUACAGAGGCUAUAAUUACAGAACGUUUAACAAUGGGUGCUAUUUAGACAUGAUUAAUUGUAGGGGAGAUGAUGACUAUGAAGGUUAUGUGGAAGUGCCAUUGAGCUUCUGUCAGCGUCAUCUUAUGAAAAAUAUAUUUAAAGAAAAAAUAACUGUUUCAAACAUCUACGAUUACAGAGAUUAUGAUUAAAUAUUGAUGUUUAA